AUGUGGCAGCUGGAGGGCUCAUUGGUGCCUGGGGGGUUCAGCAAGGCCUCUUGGGCGUUCCGUUUGCUAGCCCAGUCUUCUUUCUACGCUGGUGCCUCAGGGGUUUCGCAACCAUGUAUCUUAUGCCUUACUCAGGGGGGAACGAAACAACGUGAAAAUCCAGAUAGAAUAAUAUAA